AUGCACGAUCCUAGAGCCGCACGGCCUGCACGACCUGGGCACUGUGCACUGUGGAACCUUCAGCCGGCACAGCUCUACGAGCACGCCAUCCGGCGCGGCGAGGCGAUCCUUGCCAAAGAGGGCCCGCUGCUGGCGGUAACCGGACCACACACCGGGCGCACACCGCAAGCGAAACGGCUGGUUCGCGAGCCCGGGAGCGAGGGUGAUGUCUGGUGGGGCAAGGUCAACGCGGAGAUCGAGCAGAGCAAAUUCAACGGCCUGGCCGCGAAGAUCCGGCAGCACUACGUUGGCCGCGACGCGUUCGUAUUCGAUGGCUAUGCAGGCGCCGAUCCGCAGUAUCGACUGAAGGUCCGAGUGGUCAACGAGAACGCUUGGCAGAACCUUUUUGCCCAGAACAUGUUCGUCCGUGAAACCGACGACUCCAAGUUAGAAGACUUCACGCCCGAGUUCACGAUUCUGCACGCGCCCUCUUUGCACGCCGACCCGGAGGUCGACGGCACCUCGAUCUCGGCCUUCAUCCUGCUGGACUUCAGCCAGCGGCUGGUCUUGAUCGGUGGUACCCAAUAUGCCGGCGAGAUCAAAAAGAGCAUCUUUACGGUGAUGAACUACCUGCUGCCCAAGCGCGGUGUGCUGAGCAUGCACUGCAGCGCCAAUUACGGCAGUAGCAAAGACGACGUAGCGCUGUUUUUCGGCCUCAGCGGCACCGGCAAGACGACCCUGUCGGCCGACCCCACCCGCUGCUUGAUUGGCGACGACGAGCACGGCUGGAGCGAAGAUGGCGUGUUCAAUAUCGAAGGCGGCUGCUAUGCCAAAGUGAUCCGUCUCGACCCUCUGGGCGAGCCCGACAUCUUCGCCACCACGAAGAGCUUUGGAACCAUUCUAGAAAACGUUGUUUGUGAUCCUCGAACUCGCGAGUUAGACCUCGACGACGACUCUCUGACCGAGAACACUCGUUCGAGUUAUCCGAUCACUCAACUGAGCAACUUCUGCAGCGAGGGCCACGCCGGCCACCCGCGAAACGUGAUCUUUCUCACGUGUGACGCAUUCGGCGUGCUACCACCGAUCAGCCGCCUCGAUCCGGCGCAGGCGAUGUAUCACUUUCUAUCCGGCUACACAGCCAAAGUGGCUGGCACCGAGCGCGGUGUGACCGAGCCCACGGCAACUUUCAGCGCCUGCUUCGGCGCACCUUUCCUACCACUGCACCCGGGGGUCUACGCCAAGCUGCUGGGUGAGAAGCUGGCCCACCACCAGGCAAAGGUCUGGAUGGUCAACACCGGCUGGUCGGGAGGAGCUCACGGUACCGGCCAACGGAUGAAGCUGGCGCACACCCGGCGAAUGGUGGCCGCCGCUCUUGCCGGCGAGCUCGACAACGUCGAGACCGUGGCCGAUCCGAUCUUCGGCGUCGCCGUACCAAAACACAUCGAAGGGGUCCCCGAUCAGGUGUUGACACCCCGCGACACCUGGGCCGAUGGCGCCGCUUUCGACGCUCAGGCGGCCCGUCUGGCGCAGAUGUUCAACGACAACUUCCGCAAUUUCGAAGACCAAGUCGACGAAGCGGUGCGUCAAGCCGCGCCCCGCUGUUCCUGA